AUGAAGAACCAAGUGGCCAAGUUUAAUGAUUUGAGAUUCGUGGGAAGGAGUGGAAGAGGAAAGAGCUUCACUCUGACAAUCACAAUCAGCAUUGGUCCUCCCCAAGUGACCACCUAUGUCAAGGCUAUCAAAUUGAAUGUGGACGGACCCAGAGAACCCAGAAAUAACACCAGGCAUCAGCAGUUGUGGGCUUUUGCUAGUGCCUUCAGUCACUGUUUGCCAUAUUUGGGAGACCUACUAUGGGACUGGGACCAUCUAUGGACUGAACCAGGGACAAGAUCAGACUCAAGCUCUUCAUCUGAUCUGGCUGUGGUUGUUCACCAUGGGGACUUUACAGAUCGCAUUACACAACUUACAUGUCCUCUACACAAGGUUUGCCAGCCACUGCCUUCGCUGCAUCACACUCUAUCAAAGGAAAUCCCAUAUCAUCUGCUCCCAAUUGUCUACAGGCAUGGACAGGAGCAACUCCAGUGUUUUCUCAUCUCUAUCAGAGGGUCCACUCCCUCUGAAGGAUUUGAUGGUAACAACUUGAUACAUCAAUACCAUAAUGCAGAGAUAUGCUUAAUGGACUGUCUGUCUGACCUCAGACUCAGAUUAGGAGGAUUGAGUUAUGCUCAUCAGCCUGCAACCACCAUUACAGUAUCUCUUCUAUCGGCCAACAACACUAUGCCCUAUCUGUCUGUCAGUCACAGUCUCCUGGCAGGACCCAGAUACUAUGGAAGCAAUAAUGGAGUAUAUCUGACCCCUCUCAUAUUGCCUUCAUCCCUCAUCUAUCCUCAGCUCAAUGGCAGCAUGUCUCAUCACCCCUUCCACCUGUUGGGUUUCUCUGCAGUCACAUCUCAAUUGAGAAACUGA